CAUUACACUGUGAUACUCUCAAAAUAAUACGACCAGUUUCAUAAUAUUUAGACAGAUUUAAGACAAAUGUGUUAAAUGAAUCACAAGAUUGUUAUUUCAGUGGUCGGCUUUGUUUUGGCAAUUGUAGCAGCAGUUUUCGAUUUCAUUGGGUUUGUGGCCCCAUAUUGGUCAUGGAUUAAUAAGUCUGUAUCCAUAUCUGGGAGAGUGAUACAUCUUGAACAUAACGAAGGCCUUUGGAGAUACUGUCUAACAAUAGUUAACGUCACAUCGUGUGGUUCACAAGGAGACAGAGAUUUGGGAUCAUGGUUCACAGAGGUUCAAGUUGUGGAAACACUUGGUCUUCUGUGCCUCUUGGCUGCUGUUAUUGUUCUCUUCGUCGGAUUUUUCGUCUGUAAAGACGUACUCAAAUGGGUUGGCAUUGGAUGUCUAACAGCAGCAGAGAUAUUUAUCGUGAUUGGUGUGCGAAUGUAUAAACAGAACGGAUCAAGUUUACGAACGGAUAAUACUGCUUUUGCGUUCUAUUUUGUCAUCGUUGCUUCUGUUUUCGCCUUUGCUGCAUCCACGUGUUUAGGCGGUUACACAUACAUGAAAUACAGAUGUGGUUAAUGUGUGAAUUUAUUAUUGCAACAACUUGAACACUGGAAAAAAUGCGAAUGCGAAUGAGUCAAUGUUAUAAAAGAAAACUACUGCUGAAAUUAUGCAAGCCAGUUUUAAAUAUUGCGAACCUGAUACUGUCGUUUUUUUCCUGUACUAAUUUAAUUGGGUUUGUAAUACAAAAAAAUAGUAUAAAACUACA